AGCGCAGCGCAAAAAAAAAAAAGACAAAGUAAUAAGCAUAAAAAGUAUAAACACGAACAAGAGAAAUUACUGCGGCUGCUGCUCAGUGUGUGUGGCUAUAAAUACUACUUUGCCGCCAGUGGCACAUCAAGUAAAAGUACUUCGAAUAGUAUCUGAAACAUAGUAUCGAAAGCAUCUCAAAUGGAUCACAAAGCAAUCGCAAGUCAAGUGCGAGGUGAGCUAAAUCUACGCACAGCAUUUGAUCUGUUGGACAGAAAUCGAGAUGGACGCGUCACGGCAAAUGAGCUGCAGUUUAUGCUCAAGAAUCUGGGCAUAAAUGUGCGUGAUGAAAUCAUACAUGAUCUCAUACGGGAGGCGAGCCAUUCAGGAAACGGUUUAAUCAACGAGGCCGAGUUCCUGCAAUGGGUGGGCAGAAUCCAAGCACUGCGAGACGACCAACAGCAGCAGCAGCAUGACAGCGAUAGCGCCAGCACUGCCAGCAAGCCGGUGGACGCAGACGAUGAUGUCACCGAAGACUUAAUAGCUGCAUUUAGAGUAUUCGAUCGUGAUGGGAAUGGUUUUAUAACGCGAGAUGAACUGCAGACCGCCAUGGAAAUGAUUGGCGAGCCCUUGAACGAACAGCAACUGGAGCAGCUGCUGGCAAUUGCCGAUUUGGAUCAGGAUGGUCGCAUUAAUUACGAGGAGUUUACGAGACUUUUGCUCUAAGUCCGCAAUUGAGUGCAAUUACAAAAAAAAAAAAAACACACAAAACACAAAGAGAAUGGCGAAAUGUUUAACAAAUUCAACUUAAUUAUUAAGUGAUUACUAACAUACUCAGACAACAAAAUUGAAUGAAUGUUUUAUACAAAAAAAAGAAAAGAAAGAAAAAAAUAAAUUUAUAUUAUUAGUUAUGUUAAGAACUUGGAAGGAAUUCGAAGGAACACAAGCACACACACACACACACACAUACAUAAAUCUCACUUUGAGUUGAUCUUCAUCAUACACACACACACACAAACACACAAAAUUAGGUUCUAAAUCAUGCGAAUUCUUGAAAUUCAUUUUUUUAUACGAAUUAAGUUCAUAUUUGGAGCAAGCUAUAAUUAAUGCAUAAAUUAUAUAGUUCGAUGUGAAAUCAUUACACACACACACACACACAUACUUACAUAUAUAUAUGCAUAUUCGGAUAAGUCUGAGCGCGUGAGUGAUAUUGUGUUUAGGGUGCUGCAAAACAACAAAAACAGAGUAUGUAAAAAAAAAGAAAUUUAAUUACUGCAUAUAUGUAGAACGAACGUAAAUUAGUUAAAAUGCUUGUGUUUUAAACAAUAACAACAACAUCAGAAGAAAAAAAAACAACAACAAAGCCACAAAAUGUUUCAAAUUUGCUAGCUUAAGCAUAUAAAAUAAAUGUUUACCAUUUAAAUAAGAAAUAAAUUUAUAAUAAAUAAAAAACAAUUAUUUUAUUUCGACUUGGAAAAUAUAUGAAAUAAUGAUAUAUGGAAUACACAAAACACACAUCAAGAAAUGCGCAGAAAUCAUAAAAGUUAUAUUAAAUGUCGAGAAAUAUGAUUGUUAAACUAUUUAAAGAUAUAUGUAUAAAAAUAUAUAAACUAUUUAUUGGAAAAGCAAACAAUUAUCAAAAUGCAAUUGAAUUGCAAAAUCAAAUUGAAAAUCUCCAACAACAAAUGAAAAUAAACAAAACAAUUGUGGAAUUUUCGAAGCAUAUAAGAAGUAUAUAUUUUAUAAAAAAAUUUUGAUUAAAAUAAAACAAUUAAAAUCAAUAUAUCAAAAUCUAUAUUACUACAGUCUAUUGUCUAGUCAUCUAAACUUCUUUCUUCCAUAAGUUUGCUUCCUUUAAGUUGAUUUC